UUGCUCUGGCCCUGGGCUGCUUGUUUCAUGUUUGCAACGGCGUUCUUGCUGAACAAUUGUUCUUUUAUCAAUAGGCGUGACUGUCGUAAUAUCGCUGUGUGACUGUCUCUCCAUCCUCCCUAUUUCUCAUGUCGCAGCGAGCGUGAAGGUGGCGCAGGGAGAGCGGCAAUAAUGACCAGCUCGCGGAUUACGGACCUGCUCGUCGAGCUGGCGGCGUUCAGGGACCAAGCCAGCCUCGUCCGACAAGUGUUUGAUGAUACAACAAGCGUCUUCGAGCGUUUGGAGACCUUCCCACAUCGGCGCGCUAUCCAGGAGCGGGCUGCGCUGGACUUGCUAGAAGAGGCAGCCAUACGUCGCGUCUUUGAGAAACAGCCAGGCCUUGUUGUGCUGGGCAGAGCCUACUUGCGCUCGGUUGCACUCAAUCUGAUCGUUGGCGAGCGGGUGAUGCCCGAUGCACCGUCAACAAGUGUGCGCUGGCGCGGCGUGAACGUUGUUUACGGCAGGAGGCGUUCGACACGCAAAUUGUAUCGAGAUGAUGACGACAUUGAUGCUGAAUUUGAGAUGCCUGAUGUGGACUUUGGGCAUGACAUGAGUCCUGACAAUAGUAGUAGCAGCGGGUCGGAUAUUGGCAAGGAUGGUACGAGGGGUGCUACAGCCGCAGGCACAGGAAAGAUAUCCGCUGCCAGUAAAAAGCCCGACCUUGGCCCGCUUCUGUCUCACACUAACUUGGAAUAUAAAGCGAACGAAGGGGUUGGCGUCUACGUUGAGGUGAACCUGCCUUCUCCAGUCCUGGAACACGGUGUGCGUGUUGUCUCCUGUGCAUCGCAUCAACCCAGCAAAGCCAACCUGGCCAUUGAUCAAGCAUCCAAAGGCAUACUGCCGUUCUUCGUGUUCGCGCUGGAUCUGAAUCGGCCCAUCUCGGACGAGGAGGAAGAGCAGCUGCAAUACCUGCGCUUUGCCUACCCGGAGAGCCCGGUGCUGUUUGUCGGAUGCAACGAAAGUACGACCACCUCGCCACACGCUCGCCGCAAGAGCAACACUAGUCAAAGCGGAGAAGAGCCUGGUGGCGGAGCGGCGGCGGCUUCAGCAGUACCUGUCGGGGCUACGGUGCACGAGCAGGCUCUGAUGAGAUACGGCUUCUUCGGCGGCAGUCCUGGCGAUCGCCUGUCCUGGACAAGCACGCCCCUGCCCAAUGUGCCUGACCUGGAGCCAGACUCAAAGAUUCAGAAUAUCACCGACGUGUCCUUUCAGCCUUGCCAUCGCUUUCUGGAAGAUGUCGGAGAGCUGCCGGAGAUAUAUCCGAACUUCCUGGCCAGCAACCUGAAUCAGUGGGUGCUGUGCGCGGCCUCGCUGAUGCGUCGCUCUCAUCUCAGCUGCCUGACGUCCUUUAUCCACCUGGCCAUGGAGAUGUCGAGAGAUGUGUUGCUGACACCGCGGCGCAUUCUCUAUGUCAAGCGCAAGGAACAUGAGCUCUUUGCGGCAAUGAUGGAUCUGGCCACGCUCAAACAAGCUGAGCUUCGCAAAUCUGUAGAGCUCAUCCUAAGCACCCUGACGCCAAUCGUUAGUGAGGAAGCAGCCAUCUUCCAGUUCCAGAAGCUGUCUCUGCCCGAAGACUUGGUGGUCAAGGACAGCAAGACAUUGCGGCGGUGUGCCGAGCAGAUAAAGGGCUUCGUCUUUGAGCGACUGACGACGAACAUUGCUAGCCAGAUGUCUGGAUCUGUACACAUGAUGAAGGAGAGCCUGCUGGGCACGCUGCAGCGCUGUGUGAACGCAUUGGAGGAGAAAGUUCUCGAUGAGGACGGCAUGUCCGUCAAUGAUCUGUCGAUAUCAGUUAACAACAAUGGAGAUGUUCCAUCUCCAGCAGCUCCAGAUCACCUGCCCGGCCCCACCAAUGCUACCACUAUUGCGCUGCAGGAACUGCUCAGCUCCUGCUAUCACCUGGAGUUCUCCGAACGUGUGACAAAUUCAACCAUCCGACUCAUGCUUGAGCGUCUGCGUGACACGCUACGACUGAUGCCCUGGAAGUCCGGUGUCUGUGUCGAUGCUUCGUGGAGACGAUCGGUCGCGGAGAAGCAGGUAGAAAACCUGAGCUCCGUUCGCCUUUCCAAGACGAUCUGUUCGCAGUUCAAGGUGAAGGUGACCCGUGCACACGAGCAUUUUAUGAUGGCUUUGAACGAGCUGGAGUCGACUCACGCUGCACGGUUGCAAGAGACUGGAGAGGCUAGAGUCGAGCUGCGCAAGCAGUUUGCACCUCGCAUUGCCCGCCUUGCACUUCACAGCACGGCGCUAGUGGAUCGCAUCAACCACGGCAUGCCACAGAUGACCCACGAGCUGGGACGCGGUCAGUACGGCGUGGUGUAUGCCAGCGACACCUGGGCCAGUCACCAGCCUGUCUGCGUAAAGUCUGUAGUGCCACCGGAUGAGAAACACUGGAAUGAUCUGGCCAUGGAGUUCCACUACAUGUGGACUCUGCCGAUUCACGACCGCAUUGUCACUCUUCACGGCGUUACUAUAGACUAUACGUACGGCAGUGGUGCCACACCGGCCGUGUUGCUGAUCAUGGAGCGGAUGAACCGGGACCUGCACUCUGGCAUCAAGCACCACAUGUCCUGGGUGGAGCGACUGCAGGUGGCCGGCGACGUCAUUGAGGGUAUUCGCUUCCUGCACGCGCGCGGCCUCAUUCAUCGUGAUAUCAAACUGAAAAAUGUUUUGCUGGAUGCAAACAAUCGUGGCAAGAUCACCGAUCUGGGUUUCUGCAAGCCCGAAGCUAUGAUGACAAUGUCACUCGUGGGCACCCCGAUUCACAUGGCACCGGAGCUGUUCGAUGGAGCCUACUCGUCGUCCAUCGACGUCUAUGCAUUUGGCAUUCUCUUCUGGUACAUCUGCAGCAAUCAGGUCAAACUGCCUGCAGUCUAUGACCGCUGUCACAGUAAGGAUCAGCUUUGGCAUGAAGUACGUCGUGGACUGCGACCAGAGCGUCUCAAAGUAUUUGAGGAUGGCUGCUGGAGGCUAAUGUGUGACUGCUGGAGCCGUGAGACGGAGCAGCGGCCCCUACCUGGCAGCGUCUCUGAGAGGAUCAGCAGGAUGAUGGAAGCUGCUAAAGAGCAACAGCUGCAGCGAGGUCCUUCGCCAGUCGUCACGCCUCCACCGACCAAACCUGGGAGUAAACCUCGGCAUAACCCAUCCAAGAGGUGAACAUCAAGGUUGCUCUCGGGGCAGUUUUGCACUGCUGCUCCAACACUAGCUCACGGCUUGAACGCGUACUACAAGACUGUCCAAUGGUCUCCACAGAACACUCGGCAAAAUUGACACUCCACUAGUCUACAUUUUCAAACAAAGUUGGAAUCUUUUUUUUUGUAAAGUAGUGAUCAGUUCUGACAGUAGGCCACCCAUUUUGCCCAUUCCAUUCUAGUUUAUUUAGGAUGGCCUAGCUAAGACACAGUUAAUUUAGAUGAUGCGACGGUACUUCUCUGGUUUUGUGACCUAUUAAAGAAAAUCUCGACCUCGGUGUUCUGGAGGUCUUGUAGCUAGGGAAGAAAUUAUUUUCAACAAUUCGGUUUGAUUAUGAGUCAGGGUGUCCACGAAAAAAAGGCAUGACUUUGAGCACAUACCUUUAAUACAUGCAUGUCAUCAUAGCAUAUUUAUCCAUAUGUGACCCUGUUAAAACUGGUAUGUAACUUUCUAAACUUCUUCUUUUAAAAGCUGCACGAUUUAAAAAGUUUCCCCUUGACGAUGCAAUUAGUUAAUAUUUGUUUGAAUGCAGUGUGGUUUCCCGGUCCGCUUUGCCGCAGUACAGAUUAUUGUCAUACAUUUCAGAGUCAUUUCCCCACAGAGAAUUUGUUUCAAGUUCUUUGGUCAGAUGAUUAGAACUUUGUAACGCAAUUUUAUUGGAUUUCCUAUUUCAAACUAAGAAGUUAAGUAGGCCACUUGCCAACUCCUUAUUUUCCAUGUCCAUUUUUGAAUAUAUUUUGAAUCAUUUGAAUUUUUAUAUUUUUUGUGACUUACAUUAUUCUCGACACUCAAAUACGUCGCAAGUUAUUACCGGUAAUUCA